CUCUGGAGAAAUUGGUCGGCUGGGCGGAUGCUGGCUGCGCGGCACGUCGUGUGCGCCUUGUCGGGCGGGGUGGACAGCGCCGUGGCCGCGCUGCUGCUGAAGCGGAGAGUGAUCCUUCACCUUAACAAGCAUGAUGUCCUUCUCCAGGGACCGGUCCCUCCUGAUAAAAUGUCCAAAGUACAUGACAUGAAGUCUUGGAAUCUUCGCUUCUGAGGAGCACUCUGGCUUUACUUCUCACAAAACGGACUUGCUGGAUUUCUGGCAGUCCAUAGUAUGUUCAAUAUCCUUCACCAGCUUCAUAAUUUAAAGGCAUCAAUUCUUCAAUCUUCCUUAUUCAUUGUCUAGCUUUCGCAUGCAUAUGAGGCUAUUGAAAAUAGCAAGUGAAGAGGACUUGAAACAUUUACUGAUGAAGAUCAAAGACUACAGCCUUUGGUUGGUAUGGAUUACAUCUCAACAUGAAACAAAAAUCCUUGACUGGACCAAUAAAAAAAAAAAAGGAUAAGAUACAUCAUGAUAAAUAGAGAAAAUAUUGAAGUUGUCAAGGAUUUCAUUUUACUUGGAUCCACAGUCAGUAACCUGUGGAAGCAGUAGGCAAGAAAUCAAACAAUGUAUUACAUUGGGCAAAUCUGCUGCAGAAGACCUCUUUAAAGUGUCGAAAAGUAAAGGACUAAGGUGCGACAGACACAAGCCAUGGUUACCAAGUGACGGGGGUGUUUAUGAAGAACUGGGAUUCCCUGAAUGAGCAUGGCGUUUGCACUGCUGACAAAGAUUGUGAAGAUGCUUACGGAGUGUGUCAAAUUCUGGACAUCCCUUUCCAUCAGGUGUCCUACGUGAAGGAGUACUGGAAUGAAGUGUUCAGUGAUUUUUUAAAUGAGUAUGAAAAAGGAAGGACUCCAAAUCCUGACAUAGUGUGCAACAAGCAUAUCAAGUUCAACUGCUUUUUCCAUUACGCUGUGGAUAACCUCGGAGCCGAUGCCAUGGCCACAGGUCACUACGCCAGGACAUCCCUGGAAGAUGACGAAGUCUUCCAGCAGAAGCACAUUCAGAGGCCAGAAGGGCUUUUCAGAAAUCGAUUUGAAUUCAGAAACGCGGUAAAACUCCUCCAGGCAGCUGACAACUUUAAAGACCAGACCUUCUUUCUCAGCCAGGUUUCCCAGAAUGCCUUGAGGAGAACUAUCUUCCCUCUGGGGGGAUUAACGAAAGAGUUUGUAAAGAAAAUAGCUGCUGAGAAUAGACUUCAUCACGUGCUUCAGAAAAAGGAGAACAGAGCCCAGCCUCCCUCCUGUCACAUGCUGGCCCUGGCUCAGGACGCCCUGCAUCCUCUUGGCUCACGCGGCCCUCCUCUCAUUGCAGAGCAUGGGCAUCUGCUUUGUUGGCAAAAGAAACUUCGAGAAUUUCAUUCUUCAGGUUGGUUCCUGUAUACUCUGGGCCAGAGAGCAAGGAUUAGUGGCUUGAGGGAGCGUUGGUAUGUGGUGGAGAAGGAUGGUGCCAACGGUGAUGUUUUUGUGGCCCCACGGACGGACCACCCUGCCCUGUACCGAGACCUGCUGCGCACCAGCCGUGUGCACUGGGUCAGAGAGGAGCCGCCUGCCGCCCUGGUCCGUGACAAGAUGAUGGAGUGCCACUUCCGCUUCCGCCACCAGAUGGAGCUAGUGCCUUGUGUGCUGACCCUCAACCAGGAUGGCACAGUGUGGGUGACCUCAGUGAAGGCCGUGCGGGCACUCACCCCCGGGCAGGAAAGACCCCUCUGGCUGCUGUGGGAACUACAGACGAGGGAGCAGGUGUGGCAGCAAGUGGCAGCAGUUCAGAAUCCUGCAGGCAGCAGAUCUGGUUUCUGUACCAUGGGUACACUGCUCUCAUUUACCCUGGAAAUUACCGGACGAGUUCAAAGCCCUGCUGAAAAUCCUAUGGAGCAGAGUUCUACUGUGACACACAUGGGGGCACCAUGAUCAGAAUCGACUAGUAACGGGGGCUUGUGUUACCCUGAAGGGGUUGGCUACUUUGUCUAGAAACACGGUGGGUCAGGGCUGGAGGCAGCUUCAGUCUGUGUAGGUCCCUGUUGUGUUAAGGGUUGGGGAGGGAAUGGGCCCAAGCACCCAGGACGCCUGGGGUUACUCUCCGGACUUUUCACCAGGUACCUCCUCAGGUAGGGUUCCACCUCAGCCUCUCCAGGCCCAGCGGGAGGGCAGAAGCUCUCCUCAGGUGGGCCCCCAGUCCUCGGGCAGAGCCGGUCUCUCCGGUUUUACAGCUGAUAACUCUGACAGAAUCCAGAAAGCAAUGACUGAAUGCCCUGGAAAGUGACAGGGGAGGACACCAAAGCUUGAAAAAUGACCCUGGGAUGUGUGGGAUGCUUUUGGUCGUUUUUCUCUCCCAGAUUUGACCUGAGGGAGGCCCUAUCUCUGGAGCCACACAGCAGGCCCCAGGGCAAGGACUCCAAGAGAGGAGGGUAGGGGCCCUGUUAUCCUCUCUCUUUCCUCUUACACUUGUCCCUGGGAGUGGCCCAAGUUGGGUGGACAUGUGAGAUAUCAUCGCAGUUGACUAAAAGUCUGAGGGAACCCAUCUUUCUGGAUAGAGAAAUCAAGCAAAGGGGCCCUGUCAAGGGAUCUAGAAGGUGAUGGAGAAUCCAGAGGGAUAUACGUGUCCCACAGAAUCCCACCCCAGAGUGCAGAGUGACAAGUGUGUCCCACAGAAUCCUGCCCCAGAAUCCAGAGGGAUAUAUGUGUCCCACAAAAUCCCACCCCAGAGUCCAGAGAGACAUACAUGUCCCACAGAAUCCCACCCCAGAGUCCAGCGGGACAUGUGUCCCACAGAAUCCCACCCCAGAGUCCAGAGAGACAUACGUGUCCCACAGAAUCCCACCCCAGAGUCCAGCGGGACACACAUGUCCCACAGAAUCCCACCCGAGUGCAGAGUGACAAGUGUGUCCCACAGAAUCCUGCCCCUAGAGCCCACGGGGACAAGUGUGUCCUACAUAAUAUAUAUCAAAAUCCAUUAUUUCAAAACAACAUUUCAGAAAUGCUCCUUGGCUCAGCAUGGCUUCCACUAUGAAAACACAGUAUCAACAAAAAAUUCAAAGCAGAAAAUAAUUGGGUCAUAAAAGGGUUAUGUGACAGAAUUUAACGCAGCGGUUAGAACCAUGCUCCGUAAAGCAAAGGCAAAUACUCUUGAAAUGAACAGACAACUACAAGUCCUCAGCAGAGAUAUCAAAAUGCCAGAAAGGAACCAAAUGGAAAUUUUGGAACUUAAAUUCACAGUACAUGAAUCAGAAAACUCCCUGGGUAGGCUCAGUAGCAGAAUGGAGUUGAUAGAGGGUGAGUCAGUGAACUCGAUCAAUCACUAGAAGUUAUGAAAACCUGAAGAACAGAGAGAAAGAAGUAUGAAAAAAGAUAGAGAAACCUCAGGGACACCUGGAAUGAUAUCAAAAGGCCUAACGCUCAUGCCAUUGGGGUCUUAGAAGGGGAAAGAAAUUGGUGCAGAAAAAGUAUUUGAAGAGGCAAUGGCAAAGUACUCCCCAAAUUUGGUGACAGACAAGAUCACAAUUCAGGCACCUCAGGAAACCCCAGACAGGGCCUCCCCAUCCAGGCCGUGGUGGGCCCGAAGGAGACUGAGCAGAAAGCUCCAGCACAGAGCUCCCCGGGGCCUGUCCUCAGCACCCCGUAAUGGUCGGCCAGCACCCCGUAAACGGCCCCUCCCACAGCGCCGUAGAAGGCGGGCAGGUUGGGGAGGUGAGGGGGAAACCAGCACAGUGCAAGUACAAAUUCAAAAAUCUUAAUUUAUUGU